AUUAGUGGAUAAGGUAUGAGGCCUGGAGACAUUGUCACAUCUUCAAAUGGAAAGACUAUAGAGGUUAACAACACUGAUACGGAGGGUAGGCUUACAUUGGCAGAUGCUCUGGUAUAUGCUUGUAACCAAGGUGUUGAGAAGAUUGUUGACCUGGCAACUUUAACUGGGGCAUGUGUGGUUGCUCUUGGACCCUCAAUUGUAGGUAUUUUUACACCCAGUGAUGAGCUGGCAAAAGAAGUUGUUGAAGCCUCUGAGGUGAGUGGGGAGAAACUAUGGAGGAUGCCAUUAGAAGAUAGUUACUGGGAGUCAAUAAAAUCAGGAGUCGCUGAUAUGGUUAACACUGGUGGUCGACAAGGUGGUGCUAUUACUGCCGCCCCUUUCCUAAAACAGUUUGUUAAUGAAAAGGUUCAAUGGAUGCAUAUCGACUUGUCCAGUCCGGUAUGGAACAAGAAGAAAUGCUCAGCAACAGGAUUUGGUGUUGCUACUUUAGUAGAGUGGGUUUUGAAAAAUGCUUCUCAAAAGUGAACUGAUAAUUGAUAUCUCCAAAUCUUGUUAUAUGGUGAGUGAAUCAGAGAGGAUAAGAUAAAUGCAUCUUGUGGUGUUCUUGGUUCAAUGGGUUUGAUUUUAUGAAUAAGUUUAGGGGAGAUGUAAAAGGGGGUCAGAGGAGGAGGCAUAUUUCACUGUAUUCAAAUAUUUUUCUAUUUUUGACUUAGUUCAGAAUUCCAUUAGUCUCUUGGCAGUUUUGUUUUGUUUUACCUACCGACGAUUUGUGAUUCUUACAUCUCCAUUAGUGUCCUUAAGUGAAAUUGGUGCAUUAUGCAUAUGCCAUAAAUAGCACCAUGUGCAUUACUUUGAAAUAAGGGAAGUAACUUUACUGUGUCAUUA